ACGAUGUCAGUUUUUUGGCAGUUGUCACUUUUGACUUUCGAAAAAAAAACAUAUGCUGUUUUCAUCAGAGAUUUUCUGUUUUUUGAUAAAAUCUAUUUAAAUAAUGGUUCUAUUGGAAAAUGAUUCAUUUCUCUUAGAGUUAACAAAAUUAUUUCAAAAGGCCCGUUCGGAUGGAUCAGUUACGAUGACAUUUAAAAGGUAUAAUGGAAGGACUCGUCCAAUUCCAAGAGCAGGAAGCCCUCCACUUCCUGAACCUCAAGAACAUAUGUGUUUAGUUAGAGCAAAAUCUAGAUCAAAGAAAAUUGCAACUGUAAUUCAUCAAAAAGACAUUAACAAAUUCCAGGUUGCUUACAGUAAUUUAUUAAAAGGCAAUUUAGAUGGUUUAAAGAAAUUAAAGAAACUCAAGACUAAGACUAAAACUGAAUAAAUAAAUAAUUAGGAUAAAUUUUAAUUUAACACGUUCGCUGCUCUGAAGAUGUAUAGAUGUCAUACUAAUAGCUUUUCAAAUAAGUAAUUAGACAGCCUUAUAUUACUAGUGAUGGAACUAUAGCUGCAAAUUGUCUACUUUUAAUAUUUUCAGUUUUUUUUUUAUUGGAAAUAAGUACCUCAAUUAUUGAAUUAUACUUUCAUUUUCAUACAGCUAACACAAAGUAUGUAAUUUUACGGUUUACAACUAACUUCAGAUUUACAGAAAGAAAUUUAAUAACCCAAUCAUGAUACUAUUGAUAAUUAACAUUUAUAUUUUUCUGAAAACAGUCGAAUUUUGAGGAAAAUUCAUCGGCGUUGGAGUGACGACGUAAUUGGCGAAUUUCAAAUAAAAGUAUGGGUCGUGUGAUAUCUCGUUUGUAAAGCAAAAUUCGAAUGUUUUCAAAACUAUUGGUUCAUUCCAUAAUUUAGGUGCUCACAUUAUGUCUGUAUAACUAAUCUCUUAGUGAUUGGCACGUUUCAAUUACACCAAAAACACUGAAAGAAAUCUAUCUAUUAGUUUUCUACAUUUAAUAAUAAAAGUUUUUCAGAUCUAUUUAUAAAAUUAAAAUAAAUAAAUAAUAAAAUUGUUAAAAUUUUUAAUAUGUUAUAUAAAACGCCUUUUUACCAUUCGUAGUGUGCAUACGAAUUUUUGUAGUUUCAAAUAUAUGCAAAUUGCACCUUAUGCAGUUCAGUGGAAUAAAGCCUAGUAUUGUAAAAUUUUUAUUGUCUUCUGUGUUAUUAAAAUGUUAUUGGGAAAUGACAACAAAAAGUACACAACAAAUGACAUAACCAAAUAUAUCUAUAUAAGAAGAAUGUAUCCUCCCAUAUAAAUAUUGCAUCUAUUAGUUUGGUACAGAAAUGUUGGUGGUUCCAUGAAUUAUAUUCGAUAAUUAUUGAGUUUAUGAUUUAUUGUCAUAUUCUACACUGAUAAUCACACUAAUAUCGUAAUUAAAGAAUGUUUAAAUUUACCUAUAUGUAAAACCUGAACCGGGCGUUACUAUAUGAGAUUUUCUUUCACACUUUUAUAAAAACGAGU